UCUUUAACCCACUCACUCACAUCUGCUGUAAUGGCUGUGUUUCUGAGAGAAAGCCUUGGAUGGAUCAGUGCUGCGGACAAGCGCCGUAUGGCUUGGCACAGCGUAGCGUUCUCUGUUGUAAUAGCACCUUGUACAAGGACAGAGAGGAUGGAGACGAAUGUUCAGAGAUCGGCAUUCCUUACAACCCAGCUAAAGGAACUAUGUGUUGUUCCCAGUUGCAUGGCUCACCUGGACAACACUGCUGUGGGACAGAAUUGUACCAGCCCCAUUCUGAGAUCUGCUGUGACGGACGCAGACAUCGCAGAGAAGAGCACAGACACUGUUGUGGAAUUGGAGUCUACAAUGUUAAUGAUCCACAGAUGAAGUGUUGUGGAGGGACACUGUACAACUUGACAUCUUUGGGCAAGUCUGGUCCUGAUGCACUGUGCUGUGGAUCGAUUGUGCAAAAGGAACUGAACCAGGUUUGCUGCUCAAGUGAGGAUACAGAGUUGCUGUACUCUAACAAGAGAGGAUACCAAUGCUGUGGUCAUAUGUACUAUAACAUCUCCCUGUGGUCAUGCUGUGCUGGGAAGCUAAGUCCUGUCCAACAACCAGGAGAGCAUCUGGACGAGAUGACUACAGAAUGUACAUUUCUGUCGGUGAACAACCUGAACAAAAUACAUCUUUGCAAUAAAAUAAAAAUUGGGACCAUACAAAGUGUGUCUCCACACAGCAUCGUGUUCAACAAUGUGCUCGAAAUCCAUGGAACGCAGGCAACUGUUGAAGCUCUGCCCUCGCCUUACAUGCUGCAAACACCCAACCACUGCAUCUUCCCCAAACUGACCCCAGGCAAGACCUACAUCUUUGACGAAGCUCAAGUCUUCAGUGAUUUCAACCGCGACUCUCUUCAGUCAAUCUAUUUCAUUAUGUCAAAGUGUUUCCAUUCUUAAUUCACCACUUCCAUGCAGUCGUAAAUAUCAAACAAGUAUGAUAUUUACGACUGAACAGCGAUUCUGGCGUGAACAAAACCCUGCAAUAACUAACAAGACGAGUUGACAGAGAAACAGAUGUUGCAUACUUUUGUUUCGAACCGUAACUUGUACAAGCUAAAUUGAUUCCGUCCUCUCAGCCAUGAUUCCAUCCAGUUUUUUUUGCGUUUCUCAGCACGAAACGUCGCACAGACCCACAACAACUGUUAACUGACGAAAGUCACGUUUAAAUCACGCGAGUUUCAGUGGGAUAACAAAUCCGUGGACCCUCCUCCCUGAAAUGAUUUGAUUAAAUGCCAAGUGUGUGUAACUGCGUCUUAACUGGAUCAUCUAGUCUGUGCUUUCUCACUGAAAAUAGGUGGCAAAGUGUCUCAAAAUCUCAAAUCUGUGGUCGCCCAAAUUUUUUGUCAGAUUUGAAAAUCACCAACUGAUGUCAUAAAGGUCAGAAAUGUUUUUCAAUCAGGUCAUAAAGUUAAGCUCAACCACAACGUUGACACAUGAUAGCAGCACAUUUGUAUGCCACUGUUUACUCUGCCUGUUUUAACAGAAAGCUUCACAACCCACCUACAGUGGGGCAAAGGAGUAUUUA